CAGUAGCUGAAUUGCGCUAAACAGUCCUAGGCAGACAUUAGGCUUUGGCGUGCGGUUAACGCUCAAUUUUUGGCUCACCGACCACACACCGACUAACCACGGUUUGUGAGAGGAGUCUUUGGUGCACAAGAGGCACACAGGUAACUCAUGAUGCGAAUUAUUGCUUCUUCCUUUUCACCCUGCUAGAACCGCUAGAACGCUACGACACAUACUACCCUCGGGCCAUGGCCCCUUUUCGCCCCUCCCGUCGCCCCAUUUCUAGGAUCAAUCAAGCUCUAGGAUCGUGCAGUUUGCAAGUUUUUAGAAUUUUUACAAACGGAACAUGAGUGGCAUCCAAUCGGGCACACCAAGUCAGCUCCGGGGACCCCGAGCCAAUAGGGCACGUCGCUAAUACAUCCGUAUCGUUCCUCAGUCCACCAUGUCCCUGUCUCAGUCUCAGUGGUCACGGUUUCUUUUCCGCCAUCCGUGUUUUCGCGCACGCAACUCAUUAAGCACCAAGCAUCCCCACACCACACCCGGAUGGUUUAUGUUUUUUGGGUUCAAUGGCCACCAUUGCACUAGAACGGCACGCCUUCACACUCCAUUCGCUUCGAUUCAGCUUCUAAAUGCCAGAUCGGAGAGCCAUGGAUCUGGUUGGCCGGGCUAUACAUUCCCUUUUGAACUUACCACACAGAGAGUACUCACAGAACACAGAGAAACUAGAACAAUAAACGCAACAUAAAUGCUAGAAUACAUUAUAUGAGCGAGCCAGGAAGGAUGAGAUCGAGGAAGAUAUAUAGUUAUAUAUAUAUAUACAUAUACGCUCCACCCCCCAUCUCCCUCGCCCUUUCCUUUAAAACAACCCUUCUUCGUGAGCCGAAGAUAUGAUAAAAUCGGCGAAAUCGAUGCCAUACAUAGACACACACACUUUUGUCGUAGCUAAUUCCCGGCCAGUAUGGCUAUUACAACCCACGGGAGACGGGGCAAGGUCUCAAUGAGAUUCGACAGCACACGUUUGGGGGGAAGCCAAGAGCUGGAUUUCAAAAUUUAGAAGAAGAACCAGAAACCACCACACGAGCAUACGCCUACGCGCAACACUCUACAUUCCAUCUUUUCGACCAUCAUCCCCUCGCCGAUUACCGAGACAAUAGCAGUGUGAGUGUUUGUUUGUGUGUGUAUGUGUGCGUGGUUAUUGUGCAGCAGAGCAGGGAUUGUGCAGCAGCUCCAUCUUUUGAUCGAUGGUAACAGGAUGGUGGAUGGAAGAGAAUUUCCUUUUAAAAAAAGAAAAAAAACCAAAACGCAUCUUACAUCCUUAUACUUGCCAUACGUUUGUGAAAUCGAAUCGAACUCGAAAUUUUGAUCACGAC